AUGGCCGAAGAACAAGAGCCCAUAUGUGUCGCUUCUACCCUUUCUAGUGGCGGCGAGCAUAGUUCAGGGUUUGGCAGCCCUUCUCUGGAAUCUCAAGGCUCCACCUCCUUACAGCCAAAGGAGGACCGCAGUCUCAGCCAAAACCCUAAUACACAAUAUUUCAAGGGUGCAGAAUGGUCGGCGGAUGGAACCACUUUAUUGACGGAUUCCUCCGACCAUCAUAUCAGAACUUGGAUCUUACCACCCGAUAUGCUAGAAGAAACGACCUACCCCAGCAGUAUAUCGCCAUACUCAGUCUUGCCGUCGGCAGAACCGACCUAUGCAACUGCCAUGUACCCUUUUUUCUCCCUUCAAGACCCGUCGACUACAUUAUUUCUCUCAUCUGUUCGAGACCAUCCAAUCAGAUUGACAUCUGCUCUUGCUCCAACCUCAGUGGCGACAUAUUCUCUGGUAAAUCCAAUGACAGAAGCCUUCAUAACGCCCCAUUCAAUCAUUUAUCCAUCUGCGUUGGGAGGGAGCCAAUUUCUCACUGGCUCUGACAGCCUGAUUUGCCUCUUCGAUGUAUCUCGACCCGGCAACGAAGGCCCUAUUACUUCCAUGCCCACAAUACCAAGCAAACGAAAGCAACUGGUGGGUGGGGGCGUGGGAAUGAAAGGAAUCAUCUCUGCCAUGGCCUUGGAUCCCACCGGGGCUGGUAUUUUAGCGGCCGGAACCUUCACCAGACAUGUUGGGCUUUAUGGUGCACAUGGAACAGGGGAGUCCUUAGGGACAUUCAGCAUAUCGAAAACAGAAGCGCACCGUCAUAUUGGCGGUCGUGGAAUCACUCAACUGCUGUGGAGCCCCUGCGGAAGGUACCUCUACGUUGCUGAACGGAAAAGUGAUGGUGUCUUGGUAUAUGAUAUCCGAGUCACAGGACAAUUGCUUGGAUGGCUGCAAGGUCGCAAGGCUUUCACAAAUCAACGGCUGAAAAUCGAUAUAGUUCCCAGUGGAGAAAACGGCUCCCAUGAGAUCUGGGCUGGCGGAACCGAUGGAUGCAUGAGGGUGUGGCAGAACCCUACACAUGUUAGUGGUGCUCAGGAUCCAAAGUGGGAAUGGAAGGUUCAUAACGAUACUGUGAGUAGUACUGUACUGCAUCCAAUGGGGAAUAUAGUAGCUACAACCUCAGGUCAACGGCACUUCGAGAAAGACAUCGACAAUACCAGCCCACCACCUGUACCCAAUAUUGACAACAGCUUGAAGGUGUGGUAUAUGCCAUUUCUAAACACGAACAGCAAUGACGACUGA